AGCAGCAAGUUGUCCGUCAGUAUGCGAGUCGACAAGUCGACAGAAGUGGGCCAAAAACUAGUUUUUGUGCGUGUUAUUGAGAGGAAACGUGUUCGGGGCAUUUGUUGUCUCUGAGUAAAUAACUAUAAAGUAUCAUGGAUGGAAGUUGUGUUCGAGUUGACCCACAGUUUGUCGACUUCCACAAUGUGAAAGUCGGGCAGGUUUACAAGACAACAGUCACGGUAACAAAUGUCGGGAAAACUUCGAAGAAAAUAAUUAUUGAAAAGCCCGCGUUGAAGUCCUUCAAGUUCACAGUAACUAGUCGAGCCGAGGUAGUGGCUCCUGGUCUGUCUGUAAGUGGCUUGCUGCAGUUCACACCGGAGGAAGAGGAGGAGGUCAGAGACUGCCUUCUGAUCCGUGUAGAUGAUGUGGAGACCAUUGAAAUCCCAUUGCAGGGGUUUCCCAGGGCUUGUUCCCUCCUAAUGGACUCAGUACUCGACUUUGGUUCUGUUGCUGCCAACAGUCAGAUAAUCAGCAAACAUCAUCCUAUAACCAAUCAAGGAUCAGCAUCAGGCGUGUUCCAAGUUCAGUACAGUGGAGACCCCUCAAUCAGACUGUCACCCUGUGGUGGAGUCAUUGCAGCCGGCGCCAUCCAGUGGCUGAAAGUUGAACUGCGCACAGAUCGACCCAGGCAGAUUGAUGAGGAGGCUCUGGUAAAACUCCAGAAUCGCUCUGCUGUAGUUCUUAGUAUCAGGGCAGAGGUGGUGGACCAGCGGCUUGAGAUCUUUGACCUGCAGGGUGCUCCACUCUCCUGUCUGUGGUUUGGACCUGUAUACUUGGGAACAUCCCGUUUGCAGAAUGUGGUUCUGAGAAACAAUGCCCCCCAGGCCUGUGACUGGGUCUGCCUCCUCCAGGAUACUGCUGCUGGGACUGAAGUGGGAACAGAUCUCCGAAAGAGCACAGAUGCCGCCCUGCUGGAAAGAACGGAGAAGUGCAGCUCAGUAUCUCAGCAUUUGUCUCAGGUCUUGGUGUGUGCCCCUAAACAGGGUCGACUGGGACCAUAUGACAGAACUACGGUGGCAGUGCGCUUCAGUCCCAUUUGCAAGAGUGCAACUGAAAAGAAGAAGCAUGACUACUCGGCCAGCCGGCAAGACUAUUGUCUUUUCCUGCUGUUUGAGUCAGUGGGGAGCAGACAUGGCUUCACUCACCACAGUGGUAACAGCAGUGUGGAAUUGGCAGUGACAGGCUCUGGUUUGCCUGUGUCUCUGGUACCCAGUCCUUCUCAAAGAUUUGAUUUCCUAACGUGUGUGACAGGCCAACGUGUGGAUCGGCUGUGUGUGCUGCAGAACCUCUGCCCUCAACUUCCCGUCAACUUCCGCUUCCGAAAAUUAGCACAUUUCACCAGCGAGCCCACCAGAGGCACCAUAGCCCCCGGGCAAUGCCAGGAUGUAGUUUUGUCUUUCACUGCACGGCAGCAGGGGAGCUUCCAGGUGCUUCAGAUGCUAGAUGUCUUAGGUUAUGUUGUUCAGCAGAGCAGUGACAACACAGAUGUUACUGAACUUGAGCUUCGCAGCUUCCACACAAUCACUCUACACCUGUCUGCUGUCAGCCACAAUGAGACCAUACACUCCAUGCCCAAAGUUAAUCCCGGCAUCACUCCAGCAGUGACCAAUCCAACUGGGUCACAACCUCACAUCCGGUCCAGUGAGCUGGCUCGAUGUCACAUGAGGGCACGUGCUGCUGUCCCCAGCACCAACAAAACACAACUUCACAUACAUCGCAGGAAGAGGAGUCAAAACACAGAGCUCGAGGAGUUCCUGGCCUUUCCUAAUGACCAAGGCACUAGCAUCAGGCCAGUCUUUUCACACAGACAGUACAGGACCAUCUUUACUGGUGUACCCCGCUGUCGCUAUGUGAACACCACCUAUGCUUUCACUGAGGAGGAGGAGGAGCAGAAACAGCGAAAUCGACAGAUUUAUGCGGACUUCAUCAAACAGCUCAGGCAAACGCGGCUGUCGAAGAUAAAGGAGAGACAGCAAGAAAAAGUGGAUCACGAAGUGGACAUUGGGAUUGUUCCUUCUCAAGGGCUUGUUCCCCCUAAGCUCCGUAUCAGUGACAUUGAGAGCAGUAAGAUCUCAGAAACAAAGCCUAAGUACAGCUUUGCUGAAAACAUGAAAUCCCUCACCCAGCAGGUCAACAGUCAGGUUUCAGAGGUAACGAAUGCUGUUCCCUCUAACAGCCAGGAGGUGGCAGACUGCAGCAGGACUCUGACAGCUCAGGAGCUCUACCAAGUUGUCAUAGGUCCAUUGUUAGUGGACUUUGGCGAGGUGUGUGUACAGUCGAUGUGUGUUCAGAAGCUGGAGCUGAUCAAUCAUCUGUCAGUGUACGUUUGGGUGCAGCUCGAGGUGGACUGCCCUGAGCUGCAGGGCUCCUCCCCCCUCUCCCACGUCCUGCCACCCUGCUCCCACAGCACUUUAUCUCUGAUGUUUCAGAGCAACAAGCUGGGUCACUUCUACAGACCUGUGGCCUACUCUGUAAACCAGCAGCCCACUGGUCAGAUACUGGUCCAGGCACAAGUCGUCCCCUUGGCUCUGGAACUGUCCACCACCCUGCUGGUGCUCUGCCCCACCCCCACCCUACUUGAGCGAUCUGGAUAUAGAAGUUCUGUUACCCUUCGAAACCAGCGUAACAACGCCGCGGAGUUCACAUGGAAACCAGUAGUCACAAAGAGUGGCCUCCUGUUCUCUAUUCGACCAACUACAGGUACAGUGGAGCCAUACAGGGAAUUGGACUGUGAGGUGGUGUGGUAUCCCUCCUUCUCUUCCCCUUCAGAAGGAGACUUUGACCUCUGUGUCCACGAGCACAACACACAACGCCUACACUGUGUUGCUAAGGUUGGAUCCACUAGUGUCCAGCUGGCAGAAAAACAGGUGAUAUUUGAAUCAGUGCCUCUCAACAUGCCUUCUAUCCGAACCGCAGUCUUACACAACACUGGACAGAACCAUGCCUACUACCAGGUGUUAGAUGUGCACCCACUGCCAGGAAUGGUGGUGAGUCCAUCUGAGGGCGUGGUGCCAAGUAGGGGGCAGGCUGUGCUCAAGAUUCACUUCAGCCCCGAUUCUGUCAUCAGGUUUGACACCAGAGUUGAGAUAGCACUGAGGGACAUGAAGUCCACUGAGCUCAGAGUGGGCGGAUCAGUGGAGCCUCCAAAUGUAGACAUCAGUGUGUCCCAUUUCCAGUUCUACGGGGUCCAUGCUGGUUCUCGGCGGGCGAUACCGUUCACUCUGACGAACCACUCUUCAGCCCCAGCCCAGGUCACCUUUGACCUGUCACAAUAUGAAGACUUCUCUCUCCAGCUCCCUCAGCCCUCAGCAAAGAAGGAGCCAGGUGUGACUGUUAUGGAAGUGCAGGGCUACCAGACCAUGGACUGCUCCCUUGUCUUCUCACCCACCCAGGCGGCUAGUUAUGACUUUGACAUGCCGCUGAUGGUCAAUGGAGUGAGAUGGCCCCCUGCUUCUCCGUCUCCUUUCCCCACUCCAUCCUCCUCAUCCACCUCCUCCUCCUCACUGUCAGCUGUCAGUUGGAAGCGCAUGGUCAAACCAAUUUCGCACUCUGUCACCAUGGUGACACAACGGUCAAGGCGCAUACAGGCCACAGUGCUGUGCGCCCCACUGGAAUUGUCCCCCUCGAGCCUACUAUUCCAUGUGGAAGCUUUGGCAGCACAGUCUGAUGCUUACACUAAGGUAUCAUCAGUGACGGUGGAACUGAAAGCAGUUUGUGAAGAGAGCGUGUGUUGGCAUGGUGUCAUCAGGGAGCGCUUACACUGGUGGUUUAACUGCAGUGCAGAAGAAGUACUAACAAAGGAAAGAGGAGAGGGGGAGCUAUGUACAGUGACUCCAUCAUCUGGCAGUCUGGUGCCCGGCCAGUCCGUCUGCUUAUUGGUCAGCAUCAGGCCUGAGGCUAUCAGAACAGUGUCUGGCAGAUUAACCAGACUGUCCCUCCCUCUUUAUAUCAGAGAUGAGGGCGCGGAGGGGAUGGGGGAAGGGGAGGGACAUCAGCCUUACCAAGAGCUGUCGAUCACCAUUACUCUCCAGCUUCCCAGAAUCACCAUCCACCCCCCUCAAAUCCUUCUUACCCCAGUACCCCUGGAAAGCGACGCAUUGGCCACACUCACCUUGCUAGCAGUAGGAUAUCCAAGUGGAACCAGGGUAUCGGCUGAAGUGGAUGAAGUGAAACUGGAGAAUGGGACAAUGAUACAGCCUGUGUCUGUCAUCUUUCCUGAGGGUAACUCCAUCCCUGCACAAAACCAGGACCAGAGACAUCUAAUAAGCAUCUGCAGCCAGGAAGCCAAUGUGACCUCUCUGAUCUGCAGUGUCUCCUUCUGUUCUGCUGUUCCUCUGUCCCUCUGCACAACUGUCACAUUCACUGACCACCUCGACAACAGGUUUAAGGUUAAGUUGUGUGCGAUCGCUGACAACUGUCUGUUGACAGUCUGGCCCUACAUGGCCCUGCACCGCUCUGACCAACAGAUAGUUCUCAAAACUGGACCCACAGCUGUGGAGGCGAUCCUUCAGCGCUACCAUACACCACGUCCUGCUUCUGCCCCUGUGUCAUCAUCCUCCUCAUUUGAUCACAACAGCUCAACAAACAAUACCUCAGCGUCAGACUCCUUCCCAGACAGUGACAGUGUAAGUGGUCAGACCAACAGGGAUGACGGGGUCUCUGCAGAUGGACAAACCCCAUCCAAUCUCGGCUUCCCAGAAUUCCCCACUGCCAACUCAGACGAAGGACUGUAUCACCAGAAUGUAUUAUUGGCUGUGGAGAGGUGGUUUAGUCUAUUUGGCUGGCCGAGUGGACCACACCCUAUCUCUGUACCACACACACUCAGAAGAGUUGUGUCAAAAAUUCAUUCCAGUGGACGUACUUACCGUGUCUCUCAAAAUAAAGACUGCAGGUCUGUAGUGGACAUGCUUCAUCACCUGACUGGCAAAUGGAUUCCUGGUAUUCCUCGCUGUCAGACAUUUUCCAGUGAUAAAGACCAGCGCACUAAUCAGCUGUUUCAACAGCAUGAAGCUAUGCUUGCUUUUCUCAGGGUGCAGGGAGCAUGUCUGUGCCACAUCAGACCAGAGUACUUGCUAGACGUGCAGGAGUUCAAACACUGGUGCUCCCUGCAGUCAAAUGAGGAAGAACAUGGUCAGAACUACAGCAGUGUUGACUACGAGUCUCUGAGCAAACGAUCCUGGACUGAUGUGUUGCUACAAAUAUACAAGGUGUUGGUCUUGUGUCGUGUGUCAGAGAGUGGUCUGACCACAAUUCUAAACCCGGAAGACGUAGCUGGAAUCCUCCCCGUCAAUUCGCAGCCACUGUUCAGUACUGUGUACUCUGCCUGGGAGCUCCAGUUGCUCUCAUGGCUCAACAAGCACUAUCAGAGCAUGAGGAAGACUGUCUGGGGUACAGGUGGCAUCCCUUCAGCACGCUGGAUAGUGAAUUUUGACCUGGACUUGACAGACGGACUGGUUCUAGCUGCUCUGCUUGCUGCCUACUGUCCUUACCUGAUCUGCAGCCACUUCCGGAGGAUGUACACAACAACUAGAAGCCUGGAGCAGAUCCUCCACAACAACAUCAUAGUGGUCCAGUCCUUAACUGUACUUUCUCUCAACAUAGAUAUGCAGCCCACAGACUUGUCGGAUCCUAAUCCAGUGCAGAUGUUAAUGCUGUGUGUUCACCUGUAUGAGAGGCUGCCUCAGUACCUGCCACAGCACACCAUCACUCUAUCAGGAAGUCUGCACAGCACUUUCAGCAAGCAGGUGCGACUGAAAAGCCCAUCCUCUAACGCUGUCAAAUACCAGGCCUUCCUUUUAGGACAGGAUGCCCAUCUCUUCUCCCUCCCCGAUGGAUCGACUGUCACCAUUCCACCAAAGGCGAGCACUGAACUGACUGUCCAGUAUAGCUGCUCUUUCCUGCAGCCAAUGGAGGCAGUCCUUCUGCUCAUCUCCAGCUCUGCUUUUGGUCUGCGUGGCACCACUCUUGCCUUCAAUCUAAAGACACAUGUCAGUCACAUCAGACCCAUAAACACUGUCAAGUGUAUGUCUCCAUGCUACCAGCUGAGAGUGAUCCAACUGCCAAUAACUAACACUUUCAGUGAGGAAGCUAAGUUCAGGGUGGUGCUGGUGGAGUCUACGUUCAACCCACUGGAGCCAGAAAAGAAAAAAGACAGCCUCUUUCAACAGGCCUCCUCCAAAGCCAACAUAGAGAAGAUGACUUCAGACAAGAGCUGUGGGGAUUUGAUGGCAGAGAAGCGCUUAGAUCUCAAUGGUGAAGGCAGUGAGUUCCUGAGCACAGUGAGGAGUGUUUGCCUGAAGUCAGGCCAAGCAGACACUCUGAACAUCCACUACCUGCCCUUCUGCCCAGGCACCAAAUACUGCUCUGUGCUGCUAGUUUGCCCGCAGGUAGGCGACAUGGUCUACAUGGUGAAGACUACAGCAGAAUUGCCUCUUCCUUCCCCUCUCACUGCCAAACCUAGUUCUAACAUAGUCUCCAUCUCCAACAACUCUGACCCAGCUAUGUUUGUAUCAGUGCUAAGCCUACGCUGCAAGGUGGAGCAGGUUUGUGAGGAGGUGGUGCGUCUGCCACUGAUCAAUAUGGCCUGGGAGCAAGCUUUGGCCAUCUGGGGUCAGCACAGCAUGGGUGCCGAUGAACACAGGAGGCGGAUGCUCACACACACUUUGUAUAGCAGCACUGUGAGGGCAACCACAGCCAUACACAAGUUCUUCAAACAACAGGCCCAGCUGAUGAGAGUUGCUGACCACAGUAAAGUGGUAACGUAUAGUGUGGAGGUGUCUUUGCCACAAUACUUCACUUUACCCAGUGCUGUUAAAAUACCUAUAAAAGAAGACACCAGUAUACCAUGGGAGAAUCCUGAAGAUUGUGGCUGUGUGGACAUCCCGUUACGGUUCCAGGCAGACUGUGUGGGGCAAUUUACAUGUCAAGUGGUCCUGAAGUCUUGGUGUGAUACCAGGGUCUAUAUGCUGGAGGCGCUGGUUACUGCACAGGGAGGAUCCAUGCACUUGGACUUCAGUUCACCAGCUCACCGUUCAGUCACUCAGGACAUACCAGUGCACAAUGAGACCCACCAAGACUGGAACAUGCAAGCUGAGGUGUGUGGUGAAGGAUUCUGUGGUCCAAAGGUUUUGAAUGUACCAGCUGGGACUAGAGCCUGCUACCCCCUCACUUUUCACCCUUCUGCACAAUGCAUUGUCAUGGGCAAGCUGUCCUUACAUAAUGACUGCAACGGCACUGAGCAUGUGUUUACCCUUGGAGGAGUGGGAACGCACCCCCUGCCUGUGGACCAUGUGGUAUUACACUGCCCUGUUGGGAAGACCACAUACACUCAGCUGGAUGUCCCCAACUACAGCCAGAACAAACUCACGCUCAAGGUGGUGACAGAUCUAUCCAUCGUGAGUGGCAACCCCUGCCUGGAGAUUAAACCUGGACACAACACUCCAUACACUCUGGCUGUGUCACCGUGGAAACGAGGAAAACAGAUAGAAAUUGAUGACAUUCAAGAGGCUGACAAAGACAAAGGACAUGUACUCAGACGCUAUGAAGUCUACUUCACUCUAGAGGUUAUUUGUGAGCCACCAGCACCCAUCAAGGUCAUAGAUGUACAGUGUGCUACUCAGAGCUCAGUUGCCGUUGAGAUCCCGGUCAAUAACCCAGGAGGAGAGCUGCUGAUGCUGGAUGUGUACCUGGAAGGAGAUGAACUGAGUGGGGCCAAAUGGGUUUCAGUUCCUCCACAAAUCACUCUCACUUACAAAGCUACGUUCUCGCCUGGCAGAGUAGGGAAGAGUACAGGCAGUGUGGUGUUCCAGUCAGAGCUGGUCGGCGAGGUCUGGUAUCAAUUAGAGCUUUAUGCUCUUCCUCCUCCAGUCAUCACACUACCACAGGCCUGCUGCCAGCUGGGAAAAUGGACCAGACAGACCAUUCCCCUGGUUAACCCAACAGCUGAUACUCUGGAGCUUCUUGUAACCAACAGUAACCCCAGAAACUACAAACUGGAAAUAGAAUCAGGAAGGACUCUUAUUGUCGAGCCCCACUCCUCCACCCAGCUCGGUGUCUGUUUUAGUCCAUCAUCCAUCGGAGAGGGGAACCACAUGGCAAAGAUCACUUUCACAUGCCCUCAGUUGCAGGAAUGGUGUGUGUUGUUGAGUGGGCGUGGCCUUAAUCCAGAGAUCGAGGAGCUUCUUAGAAUCUCAUCCAUGAUUGGCUCCAGCGCCUCCAUUACCAUUCCCUUCACAAACCCCACUGAGCUCCCGGCCACACUCAGUAUCAAACUCACAGAUGAGGACCCGAGUGGUGCCCCUGACCUCCAUCCAGUCAUUACAGACAAGGAAGUCUUCUCUAUCCCUCUGAGCCAGACUGAAGAUAUACAGAUCAGUGAAGGGGCUAGUUUUGAUGUGCCUGUGGUGUUUGUGCCUAACUCUAUGGAGUUACAACAGGCUUGGCUCUGCAUCACUAUGAAGCCCCUCAGCAGCCCAGGCAACAACAGUAACUUCAGUACAAACAACAUGAGGUCAAAGCGGGAUUUGUCAACCAUCUGUUGGAUUUACCCUCUCCGUGGGAUUCCCAUGGAAGUGCCUGUUGAAAGCUCACCACUUGGCGUGGUCCAAUGUGAAGCAGGCUGCCAGCUGGAGAAGAAGGUGGAUGUACUGCUCAGUGGAUGUGUGCCAGGGAAUCGAGACCGGAAAGGACAGGAAGUUUCCAAGGUGACAGUGGAAGACUUCUUUUGCGAGGUGCAUUCAAACAGGGAAGCAGAGAGCUCUGAAGUGGAGGACUGCGUUUCUGCCUCCAUCGAGGCAGCGAGGAGGGACCCUGAGGCUGGCAAUGUAACACUGACCCUUAAUCUAGUCUACACGCCCCUCAAGCCGUGCAGGCACUCAGUGGUUCUAGCAGUGCAGUGUGUGUCCGGCGGGAUCUGGGAGUUUCCCAUGGCUCUCAUCGCCACAGACCCAGAGGUGGAUGACGUCAUCGUCACUGAAGCCACUGUGUUGGGCAAGACGUCAGCCGUAGGCUUCCGCCUGACCAGCACCUCUGGGAGGCCGGAGCCAUUCACAGCGGCGUUCCUGCCAGGCAGCAGCAGUGAGUUCACAGUAACUCCAGCCUCAGGGAUGUUACCUCCUGUUGGUUCCCAUGGAGCCCUCAUCACUGUGACCUUCACACCCACCACAUACAACAAGAGACACAAGGCAAGACUAACUAUCCAGGCAGCAGACAUGCAGUGGACCUAUGAGGUGCGAGGGAAAAUCCCUCAUGACUCCCAACCCCUGUGCACCACAUUAACCAGCGGCAGGUCUUCUAUGCUUCAAUCAGCCAGUGGACGACGGCGGAACUUUGUGUCCCGCAACCUUCGACUUCCCUCCCUUGCUAACUCGUCCCCUUUCAAAGUUCACAGAUAAAAACAUCCUCACUCUCUCAUACAGCUAAGGAUCUUCAGUUUUUUCUCAUUUCCUUUUUGUUUGUUUUUUUAUAUUUCUCUUACAGCCAUGGCAGCUUUUUUCAUACAGCAACAUUUACCACACAAUGUCACCUUCACUUAAGAGAUACCUUUAUGUUUUGAAAAUGAUCUGCUAUUUGGAAAGCUACAUUGACACAUUGAUGGUGUUGGUGAUUGGUUUCACCAUUUGUCCUUUAUUCGCUGAAAAUGGCUCAUUAGUCCAGUGAGUGUUUCUCAUCAGCAGUUCUAAUGAGCUUUUAUUUCUGCCAAUGCAAAGAUGGUUUUUGCAUCCCUUGUGGCAAGUGAAGGAAAUUUGGCAGGGUGACAUUGAUAUAAUGCUCAAUUUUAAAACACUCAUCAGUUUUUGUCCUUUUUCCUUGACUUGAAAUCCCUUUUCAGUGGUUAACUAUCUCUUGCUGUGAUUAACCUCGUUGUAGUAAAUUCUUAAUUUUAGCAAUACUCUCCAAAGUCAUCAUCAUACAUGUUGAAAUACAUUACCCUACAUGUAUUGUAAUUGCCAUAUACACUAAACUCAGCACAGAGGUCAAAUUACGAAAAUCCCUUUGGCGCUCAUGUGUUUCUCUUCAUCUCUAUGUCCUCCUGUAUAAUUGGUAUAAAUUUAAUUAGUAAAAUCGAUAAGUUAUAAGUGCAUUUCCUGGCUUUAUCUCAAUAGUGAACUUCAGGAAAAUAGCCAGUACCUCUGAAGUUUUACACUGUCAGCAAGUAUCAGAUGUGUGAUGAGCAAUAAAGGCUAGUCUCUCUUAUGCCUCUA